AUGUUGAGAUCGAUUGCUCUAGUGCAGGUUCUGCUCUGGUGCUUUAAGGGACAUGCGCUUGCCCAUGGCGAUCAUUCUGAGCUCCCGGAAGGGGAGGUGAUUUCAGGGGAUCCAAUUGAUGCGGUAUUGUGGUUGCAUAUGAUACUAAUGACUGUUGCAUUUGGGCUUGUAUUUCCAACUGGGAUGGUCCUUGGGAUUAUCCGAUCCCGCUGGCACGUUCCAGUGCAGGUAGCGAGCACCAUUAUUGCAGUUUUGGCCUACUUUAUGGGCCAUUUACAUAAGGGGCGAACAUUUUCCAAGAACAUCCAUGCAACCUUUGCGAAUCCGUUAGUGCUCAUGCUCAUUGUUCAAAUUAUCCUGGGCGUAUAUCUCAAGCUUCACCUAUCGCGGGGAAUCAAUGGCAAAAUCCGUCUGUAUGUGGUCGUGGUACACGGCGUUUUCGGCAAGCUGAUGCCCGUUGUGAGUUGGGUCCAAAUGCUGUUCGGCGGAAUAACGGCGCUCGGAUUUUGUCACGAUGACCACCUCGGUCAGUGUCUUGCCCAUUUCAUCAUGGGCAGCGCGUUUAUUGCGUAUGGAAUACUCAUGACCAUAGUCCUUUUGGUCGGACAAUACUGGCUUUACCGGACUGGUAAGAGUCAAGAGUUCUUCGAUUCCGUAGUCAUUGCUGUUUGGGGGUGCAUAAACACCUUUACGGAGCACCGAUGGGGGCAACCCUGGGGACAUAACGAUCUACAACACACGAGUAUGGGUAUUAUCUGGUGGUGUGCUGGCCUGGUGGGAAUUUGGUUAAGCAGGAAGAGAGAUGGCCGACCUAAAAGAAAUUUGAUCCCAGGAAUUGUGAUCAUACUCACAGGAUAUGCCAUGUCUUCACACCCGCAACACCUGCCCCUAAGUACCAUGGUUCACACCGUUUUCGGAUACACGUUGAUGGCUGCGGGCGCGACGAGAAUAGUGGAAAUCACAUUUGUGCUGAAAGACCGCGACUCUCUCAGCCCUGACGGAACUGAUCCUAACAGCUUCCAAUAUCUUUCUCCUUUCCUGCUAUAUGCAUCCGGAUUUCUCUUCAUGGGAGCGACGGAGGAACAAAUGGAGUUCCUCUCAAAUGUGGGCAUCUCCCACGUAUCCUACAUUCUCAUCAUCUACAGCAUAGCAUUUAUCCUAUUCCUAUUUGUCAAUGUACUCAUCCACAUCUAUGCGAUUCAUGCCUGGCCCCAAACUGCGAAAUAUAACGAUACAAGACCCGCCUCAGAUCACAGUGUGCCAAAUGGCCGUACCUCCACCUCUUUCCCAAUUAGCGGCCUUCAUGCAGGUUCUAACGGCCAUAUUCUCAGCCAGACUCAAGCUCAACAUAUUCACGAUGCAGAAGAAUAUGAGCUGGAAGGCCUGAUAGGUGCUGCGCACAAAGAUCGAGAUGAUGAUGGGCCCAUCGGUGGGGGCGCCGAUUAUAGAAUGGAAACCCUCGGAGGAGGACGAUAG